AUGAGGGAGAAGAUGUGGAUAUUUCACAGUGCCGACCACUCAAAGUGUCUUUUUUCUCUUUGGAAUCAGUGGUGUCUGUGUUACGCAGCGGUGGUGUGUUUGUUGUUUUCGCCUGUCAGGACGGAUGACGCCUGCCCGUCGUCCUGCAUCUGUGCCAGAGACUCCGGGACGGUGACCUGCCGCGACGGGGAGGACGCUGAGGUACCGGGAGACAUCCCGGCCUGGACGUCCACCCUGAUACUCAAGGGGAGAAACAUCUCAACUUUACAGCGCGGUGCGUUCAUGAUCAACGGCACGGAGUCGGACAUUGUCACACUUUCGCUGUCCUACAACGGAAUACAGGCUAUUGAACCCUACGCCUUCCUGGGACUCCCCCGAUUGCAUUUGCUGGAUCUGAGCCACAACCAGCUGGAGUCUAUCUCCGCCCGGGCGUUCCACGGGUUACUGGAGCUGCGCUCUCUUUACCUGAACCACUCUCUGUCGCCUCCGGCCACCGCGCAGCUCUCGGAUGCGCUCAGCACACAAAGUUUGCGCAACCUCCACAGACUGGAGUUGGCGGGAAACAGGCUGAUGUCUAUACCCCUGAUGAGGUUAGACAUGUAUAACCUGCACGCGUUGGUGCUGAUAAAUAACUCAAUAGAGAGCAUUGGGCGGGAGAACGUAACCAGUUUGUACCAGCAGCGGCGCAUACGCGUCUACUUGUCUUUAAACCCGUUUCGGUGCAACUGUGAGUUGGAGGCGUUUUACUACUGGUUGAAGAACUCAUCCCAGUGCCCGGAUGCAAGACACCUCCUGUGCAGCGAGCCGGAGGCCAAGAGGGGGCUCCCCGUGGAGAAGCUUCGGGGGGAGGACGUGGAUUGUAUGAACGAGAACCUUGAGGCGGUUUCGUACGUGUUCCUCGGUAUAGUGUUGGCUCUGAUAGGCGUGGUGUUUCUCAUGGUGCUGUAUCUGAACCGGGGAGGCAUCAAACGGUGGCUCAACAACAUCAGAGAGGCGUGUAGAGACCAGAUGGAGGUCUACCAUUACCGUUACGAGCAGGACUCAGACCCAAGACUGGCCAACGUGGCUGUUUGA